AUGGGUGACUACGGCCCAAGUGGCGCUCUACCCCGCGCUCAACCCCCCAGCAAUCCUCCCCUCCCAUCCACCAGCUCCGAUGAGAUCUCCGUGCUCGUCACGGGCUUCGGGCCCUUUAAGACCAAUUUCAUCAACGCUUCUUGGCUCAUCGCCUCCUCCCUGCCGACCUCCUUCGACCUCCCCACCGCGGGAGGAGUAGGAGGAGCAGGAGAGACCGCCUCUACCCCACGCAAAGUCUCCAUCACCGUCCACCCGGCACCGAUCCCUGUCGCCUACUCGGCCGUUCGCACCGCCAUCCCCGCCCUGCUAGCCGAGUACGCCGACACCCACGGUGGCCGCCAACCCGACCUCGUCGUGCACAUGGGCAUCGCGGCCACCCGGGGCUACUACUCGAUCGAGACGCGCGCCCACCGCGACUCGUACCACAUGUCGGACAACCGGGGCCAGUGCGGCUACGACGACGGCGAGCGGGAGUGGCGCGAGAUGCAGGUGCCCUCCAUGCUGCAGGCGGGUGCCGUCGACGAGGACGGCGACGGCGAUGGUCAUGGUGGGGUGGGUAAGGGGUGCUGCCCCCGUCCGCCGGAUGAUGGAUUUCUGGCGCUGUGGAAGGGGUUCGCCGGGGAGGAUGCCGAUGUGCGGGUGUCGACGGAUGCGGGACGCUACCUGUGUGAGUUUAUCUUCUUCACGAGUCUGGCGCUUGCGUGGCGGGAACGACGAUCGAGGAAUGUGGUCUUCUUGCAUGUUCCGUCGAGCUGCACGGAGGAGGAUGUGCGGGUGGGGAGGGAGGUGGCGGUCGCGAUGAUCAAGGCGGUGGUUCUGUCGUGGAUUGAUUCUCGAUGA